AUGGCAAUGUCUCAUAAACGAGGGGAUGCAUGCGAGCAACCGGAGGACUUGAAGGGCCAGCUGGAUGCUCAGAGCCGGGAAACCGAGAAGUUUAAGCUUCUCUUACAGGAAAAAAAAGACCAGCUGAGCCAGUUAAUUGCUCCCCUGAACCUUCAAUCCGAGCUGGAGGUAGCUAAAGCUGAUAACCUCCGCCUAACGGCCGAACUCGAUGAGCUUGACGAGAACCGGCUCCUGAAUCAGGAUAAUACAAACCUUAGCCAAGAGAAUGCUAACUUCACUUCCAAACUAGAUGAGUUUAAUGCUGCUAUCGCCCAACUUCGAGGUGAGCUUAACUCAGUCAAGGCUGAUGUGGAGAAAGCGAUAGAAAAGUCCAGGAAACUUGAAGCCGAGAGAGCCAUCGAGAAGCAGAAGCUGAGGGUCUUUGAAGAAAAGGCCGAGACCCGUGCCCGGAUUAGUGAUGAGCUUAAGAGCGAGCUCGAGGAAACUGUUGCGGCCAAUGAUCGUCUCCAAACUGAGCUUUCAUCUGUCAAUAUGGUUCUAAUCACUCUACUUGACAUGAAAUCCGAGUUGGAGGAGAAGCUGAAGAAAACUGAGGCCGAUCUAAAUGAAGCCCUCAAUGAUAUAGUAGCCGCCAAGGCUCGUUCUUCACUCUUGGCUGAGUAUGAAUGGUGGAAAUUCGGAAGGAUGACCCUCGAGCACAUUGAACGGGGUAUGGAAAAUAUCCCAGCUCGCAUACUUGAUGUGAGGAUGAUCGAGGAUAAGGCUAAGAAAGAUCUUGAGGCUAGCUCCGAAGACCAUUCUGAGGAGACCGUAUUCGAGAACUCGGAUUCAUCUCAUACCGAGUAG